GGAUACGGUUUGUGCUGUUAAGGCUGCUGGAGUACAGAGUGAAGUCGGUUGCUGGUCAAGAUGAUGAGGGAAGUGUAUUCCACAUUGUUCUUAGUGUUAUGUAUUUAUCAUGUGGAAGGUGAAAGUGCAGUUCUUGGACAACACUUUUUGCACAUAAUAAAGCGUCAAGAAUUUUUCAGUCAGGGAAAUACAGCUGCAAUAGAGUUUCAAGCCAAAAGCAAGUCUUAUCCAGACCUCCCAUCUUGGCUCACUCUAAAACAGCGCACGGAGUUACAAGAUGCUUACUUGUUUGGUACACCAAGGGCAGGGGCAGUCAGCACUGACAUACAGAUCAUUGCUUUAAACAAAGGGACAUAUCAGACAGAGCAAGAUGCUUUUUCUAUAACUGUAGAUACCACAAAAGACCUACCCAAGAAUAUAGUGGAGUUAAGAGUGAAGAACUACAACAUUGAGGAGUUCCUGGCUGGCCAGGCUUUGAGCAAUCUUACCCGGAUCAUGGCAAAGCUGUGGCCUGAGGCUGGAACCCUGCAAGUGGUGAAGGUGUCUUCUCUUGUUGAUGAGCUGGGAAGAGUACCAGUGCCAGAUGGACCCAUGCAACCACUGCCUAAAGAGGGGGUUUUGGUUCAGAUUGGAGGAGCUGGUGAUUUCUCUGCACUCCUGGCCAGUGUUAGUCAGCAAGUGAACAACACAAACUGCAUGAACCAGGAACAGUUCAUUGGAAUCCGAGAAGACUUUGAGCCCGAGUUUAACCUUGACUGGUGUGCCUUUAAGAUGUUUCCAUUAGUAAGUUACAGUUGUCUGAAACUCUAUAACAUUUGCUUCAAGAAAAAUUAACAACUUUAUGUUUGACUGCUGUUUUUGAACAUGCAAGUUGAUUGGAAAAAUUGUUGAAACAAAUGUUAAAGUGAUUUUUCCUAAUUUUACUUGAAGUUUUGCACUU